UGUGCAUCUUUGUAAAUGAGAAACUUGGCUCCUGUGAUGGGCAGUUGCUGCUCUGGGCCUAGAAGCAGGUGUCACAAGGACAGAGUGCCAGAUUUCAGACCCUCAAACACCCCAUUUGCAUGUACACAGCUCUAGGGGGCAGUACUGCCCAGUCGACAUUCACUGAAGCCUACAACAUCCUAGAAGUGGUUUUUCAGUUAGCCCAGUUUUCCAGCUGAUGAAGCCACAACUUGGUGAGAUAAAGUGACCCACCUAAGGUCACAGAACCCUUAGGUGAUAGAAACCGGAUUUGACCUUAGGCCACCUGACUCCACCCCCCAGUCUGAUCUUGAGCCUGUCACCAAGCUCCCCACUUGGCCCACGUCCAGCUCCAGGCACUUCUACAUUCAUGCCCCACCCAGGCCCAGGCUCCUGACGUGUAAGAGUGGACUUCCCACCGCCUCUGCACUGGGCUGCCUUCCGGGGUCACUGGAAGCUUUCUCAUCUAGCGGACACCGGGCAAGCACCAAGAAACCGCCCGCCCCUUUCCGCCCUCGCCCUUUUGUAUUGAGGAAACCGUGACUUGGAAAUGUUUAGCGGCUCCCUCCAGGCCCACACCUGUGUGUGGCGGUGCAGUGAAGCACUCGGGAGCGUUUCUCGUGCCCCUGCGCUGGCAGGACCACCUGGGCGAUUCCCCGGACCCAGAGUUCUGCGGUCUCCAAAGAGUCUCCCCGCCAGAUCCCCGAGUCCAGUGAGGACCGGGGAGCCACAUUACUCCCACUGGGCAGGUUUCCACCUGCAACACUGAGGUCGGGGGACGAAGGCGAAACCCCAAAGGGUGGGGUCCUGGUUGUGUGUGAGGGCCCAUGGCGGAUACCCAGUACAUCCUGCCCAAUGACAUCGGCGUAUCUAGCCUGGACUGCCGCGAGGCCUUCCACCUGCUGUCACCCACAGAGCGCCUCUAUGCCCACCACCUGUCCAGGGCCGCCUGGUACGGAGGCCUGGCUGUGCUGUUGCAGACCUCCCCUGAGGCCCCCUACAUCUACACUCUCCUCAGCCGCCUCUUCCGCACCCAGGACCCUGACCAACUGCGCCAACAUGCCCUGGCUGAAGGCCUUACCGAGGAGGAGUAUCAGGCAUUCCUGGUCUAUGCUGCGGGGGUCUACUCCAAUAUGGGCAACUACAAAUCCUUCGGCGACACCAAAUUUGUUCCCAACCUGCCCAAGGAGAAGCUGGAACGUGUGAUCCUGGGGAGUAAAGCCGCUCAGCAGCAUCCAAAAGAAGUCAGGGACCUCUGGCAGACUUGCGGGGAGCUUAUGUUCUCUCUAGAGCCGAGACUUCGGCACCUCGGACUGGGGAAGGAGGGAAUCACCACCUAUUUCUCUGGGGAUUGUACCAUGGAGGAUGCCAAGCUGGCUCAAGACUUUCUGGAUUCCCAGAACCUCAGUGCCUACAACACACGGCUCUUCAAGGAUGUCGACCAGGAAGGGAAGCCCCGCUAUGAGGUGCGGCUGGCUUCCGUGCUCAGCACAGAUCCUGCUCUAGACUCCGAAUUGACUUCCAAGCUGAAGAGCUACGAAUUCCAGGGGAGCCACUUCCAGGUGACCCGGGGGGACUAUGCCCCCCUCCUCCAGAAGGUGGUGGAUCACCUGGAGAAAGCCAAGGCAUAUGCAGCCAACAGCCACCAGGAGCAGAUGCUGGCCCAGUACAUCGAAAGCUUCACCCAGGGCUCCAUUGAGGCCCACAAGAGGGGCUCCCGCUUCUGGAUCCAGGACAAAGGCCCCAUCGUGGAGAGUUACAUCGGGUUUAUUGAGAGCUACCGAGACCCCUUUGGUUCCCGAGGAGAGUUUGAAGGAUUUGUGGCCAUGGUGAACAAGGCCAUGAGUGCCAAGUUCGAGCGGCUGGUAGAGAGCGCAGAGCAGCUGCUGAAGGAGCUGCCCUGGCCACCGGCCUUCGAGAAGGACAAGUUCCUCACCCCAGACUUCACCUCCCUUGAUGUCCUCACCUUCGCUGGCUCUGGCAUCCCUGCUGGCAUCAACAUCCCCAACUACGACGACCUGAGGCAGACCGAAGGCUUUAAGAACGUGUCCCUGGGGAACGUCCUGGCUGUGGCCUACGCCACACAACGGGAGAAGCUCACAUUCCUGGAGGAGGAGGACAAGGACCUGUACACCCGCUGGAAGGGGCCCUCCUUUGAUGUGCAGGUGGGGCUGCACGAGCUGCUGGGCCAUGGCAGUGGCAAGCUCUUUGCCCAGGAUGAGAAGGGAGUGUUCAACUUUGACCAGGAGACAGUGAUCAAUCCAGAGACGGGGGAGCAGAUUCAGAGCUGGUACCGGAGUGGGGAGACCUGGGACAGCAAGUUCAGCACCAUUGCCUCGAGCUACGAAGAGUGCCGGGCUGAGAGCGUGGGCCUCUACCUCUGCCUCAACCCCCAAGUGCUGGAGAUCUUUGGCUUCCAGGGGGCUGAUGCGGAAGACGUGAUCUACGUGAACUGGCUCAACAUGGUUCGGGCUGGGCUGCUGGCUCUGGAGUUCUACACCCCAGAGGCCUCCAGCUGGCGCCAGGCUCACAUGCAGGCCCGAUUUGUGAUCCUGCGGGUCUUGCUGGAGGCGGGCGAGGGACUUGUGACCGUCACUCCCACUACCGGUUCUGAUGGCCGCCCAGAUGCCCGGGUCCGCCUAGACCGCAGCAAGAUCCGGUCUGUGGGCCGGCCUGCGCUGGAGCGGUUCCUGCGGAGACUGCAGGUGCUGAAGUCCACCGGGGAUGUGGCUGGAGGGAGGGCCCUGUAUGAGGGUUAUGCGGCGGUCACUGAUGCGCCCCCCGAGUGCUUCCUCUCUCUCAGGGACACGGUGCUGCUGCGCAAGGAGUCACGGAAGCUGAUUGUUCAGCCCAACACUCGCCUUGAAGGCUCAGAAGUGCAGCUUCUGGAGUACGAGGCCUCAGCUGCUGGCCUCAUCAGAUCCUUCACAGAGCGCUUCCUAGAGGAUGGACCUGAGUUGGAGGAGGUCCUCACCCGGCUGGCCACAGCUGAUGCCCGGUUCUGGAAGAGCCCCAGUGAGGCCCAGUCUGGCCAGGCUUGAGAAGAUUUGUGUGGCCCUGCCCCCCACUCCAUCAAACCAGGACUACCAGUGGCCCUCCAAUGUGUGUGUAGCUAUGGGUCAGCGGAGGGGCAGGAGCUCAAACUUUGGUGCUACCUCAUCUGAGGGUGGUGAUGCUAACCCCUUCCGUUUGUCAGCACUUUCCAGUUUACCAAGUGCUUCUACUCUGUGAUUUGAGCUGCACUGCCAUGUAUGGAGAGCAUACGCAGGGCUUCUUGUCCUGUUUCCCAGAUGAGGAACUGGUAGUUCAGUGACUGGUCUAGAUCUUGCAGGUGGCGUGUGACAAAAAGCCAGGGCUCAAAAUCUUCUCACCAAAUCCAAUGCUCUUCAUGUAUUACUUUUAUAACCAGAAAAAUAAAUAAUAGAAACAACCACCA